CGUAUGUGGGUUUGUUGUGUAGAAACGGUAGAUCAGGGACUGCCACAUUCACAUCAUGGCAGAAUUAUUGCUAGACCCUAAUAUCCGAGGAUGGGUGUUCCUUCCAAUAGUUGUCAUCACGUUUCUCGUCGGGAUUAUUCGACAUUAUGUGUCCAUUUUACUGGCUUCACAGAAAAAAGUGGAAAUUCAUCAGGUGCAAGACAGUCAAGUGAUGAUUCGCUCAAGGCUACUCAGAGAAAACGGCCAGUACAUUCCGAAAUCAGCGUUUCUAGUCAGACGUCACUUCUUCAAUAAUGAGGAGACUGGUUAUUUCAAGACCCAAAAGCGAGCACCAGUGUCACAAAAUCCAAUGACGGAUCCUAGCAUGAUGACUGACAUGCUUAAAGGGAACGUCACCAAUGUUCUGCCAAUGGUUCUCAUCGGAGGAUGGAUCAAUUGGAUGUUCUCUGGUUUUGUUACGACCAAAGUGCCAUUCCCCCUGACCCUUCGCUUCAAACCGAUGCUGCAACGAGGCGUCGAGCUGCAAACCCUGGACGCAGCCUGGGUGUCAUCAGCCUCCUGGUACUUCCUCAACGUCUUCGGUCUCAGGUCGAUCUACACCCUAGUCCUCGGUGAGAACAACGCAGCAGACACCUCACGCCUCCUCCAAGACCAGGUCUCAGGAGCUGCCAUGUCGAUGCCACCAGACCCCAAAGCCGCCUUCAAGGCCGAAUGGGAGGCUCUCGAAAUCUGCGAUCACAACUGGGCGUUGACUGGUGUCGACCUCGAGUUGUCUGGUAUCCAAUCCAGAGGGGAAUUUAGCGAAAAUCUUUAUCACCAAAGUAAGGUCAACUGACCCUACCGAUAUCAUUAAUACUAUCACAAUUCAAUAAUAAUGUUCAAUUAAUUUUAUUUAAAUCUUGUAAUUGGAGACGAUCGUUUUAUCCUAUUUAUCGUAAGUUCAUCAGCUCGAGGGGUUCAUCGAGGGUUGCAAAUUUGUUCUACGAUGAUUCUCACAGGACCUAUUUCUACGAACUGUUUCUAAUAAAUUUAGAUCAAUUUCGGCAAUCGCAAUGCCUGUUUUUUUUGCACACUGUGCAAUAACAGAACCCCAGGGGUCAACAAUCUGAGGAAUAAAACAUCAAUGUGCAAAGAUGUGAAUGUGUAUUGUAUAAAUGUGAAUAAUAGCUAGUGAUGAUUGAAUUGAGGAAUUUUAUUCACCAUUGCAUGCCCCCAUUCCUCAGAAAACUACUGUUUUCUGAAUUAAUCUUCGUGAAUUAAUUCGCUUGAGUUAAAUCGGAGAAAAUUACCAGUGUAGUGUAAAAACUUAGAAAAUCCAUGGAAACAAUCCUUUUUUCUUAUUUAUCGUAAGAUCAUCAACUGGAGAAGUCCAUCGAGGGGUACAAAUCCGUUCUACGAUGAUUCUCACAGGACCUAUUUCUACGAACUGUUUCUAAUAAAUUUAGAUCAAUUUCGGCAAUCGCAAUGCCUGUUUUUUUCGCACACUGUGCAAUAACAGAACCCCAGGGGUCAACAAUCUGAGGAAUAAAACAUCAAUGUGCAAAGAUGUGAAUGUGUAUUGUAUAAAUGUGAAUAAUAGCUAGUGAUGAUUGAAUUGAGGAAUUUUAUUCACCAUUGCAUGCCCCCAUUCCUCAGAAAACUACUGUUUUCUGAAUUAAUCUUCGUGAAUUAAUUCGCUUGGGUUAAAUCGGAGAAAAUUACCAGUGUAGUGUAAAAACUUAGAAAAUCCAUGGAAACAAUCCUUUUCUCUUAUUUAUCGUAAGAUCAUCAACUGGAGAAGUCCAUCGAGGGGUACAAAUCCGUUCUACGAUGAUUCUCACAGGACCUAUUUCUACGAACUGUUUCUAAUAAAUUUAGAUCAAUUUCGGCAAUCGCAAUGCCUGUUUUUUUUGCACACUGUGCAAUAACAGAACCCCAGGGGUCAACAAUCUGAGGAAUAAAACAUCAAUGUGCAAAGAUGUGAAUGUGUAUUGUAUAAAUGUGAAUAAUAGCUAGUGAUGAUUGAAUUGAGGAAUUUUAUUCACCAUUGCAUGCCCCCAUUCCUCAGAAAACUACUGUUUUCUGAAUUAAUCUUCGUGAAUUAAUUCGCUUGAGUUAAAUCGGAGAAAAUUACCAGUGUAGUGUAAAAACUUAGAAAAUCCAUGGAAACAAUCCUUUUUUCUUAUUUAUCGUAAGAUCAUCAACUGGAGAAGUCCAUCGAGGGGUACAAAUCCGUUCUACGAUGAUUCUCACAGGACCUAUUUCUACGAACUGUUUCUAAUAAAUUUAGAUCAAUUUCGGCAAUCGCAAUGCCUGUUUUUUUCGCACACUGUGCAAUAACAGAACCCCAGGGGUCAACAAUCUGAGGAAUAAAACAUCAAUGUGCAAAGAUGUGAAUGUGUAUUGUAUAAAUGUGAAUAAUAGCUAGUGAUGAUUGAAUUGAGGAAUUUUAUUCACCAUUGCAUGCCCCCAUUCCUCAGAAAACUACUGUUUUCUGAAUUAAUCUUCGUGAAUUAAUUCGCUUGAGUUAAAUCGGAGAAAAUUACCAGUGUAGUGUAAAAACUUAGAAAAUCCAUGGAAACAAUCCUUUUUUCUUAUUUAUCGUAAGAUCAUCAACUGGAGAAGUCCAUCGAGGGGUACAAAUCCGUUCUACGAUGAUUCUCACAGGACCUAUUUCUACGAACUGUUUCUAAUAAAUUUAGAUCAAUUUCGGCAAUCGCAAUGCCUGUUUUUUUCGCACACUGUGCAAUAACAGAACCCCAGGGGUCAACAAUCUGAGGAAUAAAACAUCAAUGUGCAAAGAUGUGAAUGUGUAUUGUAUAAAUGUGAAUAAUAGCUAGUGAUGAUUGAAUUGAGGAAUUUUAUUCACCAUUGCAUGCCCCCAUUCCUCAGAAAACUACUGUUUUCUGAAUUAAUCUUCGUGAAUUAAUUCGCUUGAGUUAAAUCGGAGAAAAUUACCAGUGUAGUGUAAAAACUUAGAAAAUCCAUGGAAACAAUCCUUUUUUCUUAUUUAUCGUAAGAUCAUCAACUGGAGAAGUCCAUCGAGGGGUACAAAUCCGUUCUACGAUGAUUCUCACAGGACCUAUUUCUACGAACUGUUUCUAAUAAAUUUAGAUCAAUUUCGGCAAUCGCAAUGCCUGUUUUUUUCGCACACUGUGCAAUAACAGAACCCCAGGGGUCAACAAUCUGAGGAAUAAAACAUCAAUGUGCAAAGAUGUGAAUGUGUAUUGUAUAAAUGUGAAUAAUAGCUAGUGAUGAUUGAAUUGAGGAAUUUUAUUCACCAUUGCAUGCCCCCAUUCCUCAGAAAACUACUGUUUUCUGAAUUAAUCUUCGUGAAUUAAUUCGCUUGAGUUAAAUCGGAGAAAAUUACCAGUGUAGUGUAAAAACUUAGAAAAUCCAUGGAAACAAUCCUUUUUUCUUAUUUAUCGUAAGAUCAUCAACUGGAGAAGUCCAUCGAGGGGUACAAAUCCGUUCUACGAUGAUUCUCACAGGACCUAUUUCUACGAACUGUUUCUAAUAAAUUUAGAUCAAUUUCGGCAAUCGCAAUGCCUGUUUUUUUCGCACACUGUGCAAUAACAGAACCCCAGGGGUCAACAAUCUGAGGAAUAAAACAUCAAUGUGCAAAGAUGUGAAUGUGUAUUGUAUAAAUGUGAAUAAUAGCUAGUGAUGAUUGAAUUGAGGAAUUUUAUUCACCAUUGCAUGCCCCCAUUCCUCAGAAAACUACUGUUUUCUGAAUUAAUCUUCGUGAAUUAAUUCGCUUGAGUUAAAUCGGAGAAAAUUACCAGUGUAGUGUAAAAACUUAGAAAAUCCAUGGAAACAAUCCUUUUUUCUUAUUUAUCGUAAGAUCAUCAACUGGAGAAGUCCAUCGAGGGGUACAAAUCCGUUCUACGAUGAUUCUCACAGGACCUAUUUCUACGAACUGUUUCUAAUAAAUUUAGAUCAAUUUCGGCAAUCGCAAUGCCUGUUUUUUUCGCACACUGUGCAAUAACAGAACCCCAGGGGUCAACAAUCUGAGGAAUAAAACAUCAAUGUGCAAAGAUGUGAAUGUGUAUUGUAUAAAUGUGAAUAAUAGCUAGUGAUGAUUGAA